AUGCUUGGCCAGACGGCACCCCGAAAGCACCCAGCCAUCCAGAACAGAAAGCGAUGUGCAGAGGUUCUGAAGAAGUCACCAAAGAAAAUUAUCUCACCGGGAGACAGCGAUGAUCCUCAGACAAUAGGACAUCAACACUUUAUCUCCGAGUUGGAGCGUAUUAUGCAAGACCAUGAUACUGAAAAGGCUAGUGAUCACACUUCUCAGACGUCAAUGCUUCUCCAAACUGAUGACCAUGAUGAUUCCGAUGAUGAUCCAUUGACCUCAGCUCUAUCAAUUGAUGAUCCAACGACACAGUUUCAAAGCACCCCCGAGCUUGGUCUCUCAUAUCAAGGGAAAACUCAAUCUCGUGCUGAGAUUGAGACAGUGUCGUUGAAUAGCAUUGAUCUUGAUGUCUUUAAUCAAUUGAUGGACUCAUGGCUCAACUGCAUCGCCGGCUUGUGGAAGGAUGCAGUCGAGAAUGAUAUCAAACUCUCAACUGCUUCUAUAGGUAGGGUCUAUUAUUAG